CCUCCAGACUGCUGUCCUUUAAUCAGAUGUAUAGUUAUGAAAAAAGACUUCAGACUUUUUCCGAGUGGCCUUUUCGAGAAGAUUGCCAGUGCACACCAGAACUGAUGGCGAAGGCAGGAUUUGUUCACUGUCCCAGUGAGAAUGAGCCAGACGUUGCCUGCUGUUUCUACUGUCUUCGCGAACUGGAGGGCUGGGAACCAGAUGACAAUCCCUGGUCUGAGCAUGCCAAACGCUCCCCCAACUGUGCCUUUCUUCACAUGAGUAAGACAUUUGAUGAGCUCACGGCCAUCGAGUAUUUUCAUCUGGAACAGGAGCGACUUCGCAUCUACAUUAAAAAGAUGGGUCAUCGGAAGAUUGCCUACUUUCGUGAUGAGGUGGAAGCCACUAGCAAAAAUUUGAGAGCUCUUAUUUGAUCUUCAAUUAAUUACAAUUUAAGCUAAAUAAUUUUAUUUGUACACUGACUUGCAUCAAUAAAUUAAAUGUUUGUUU